CCGACCCUCCAGUAAUCCGCUGUUCCGGGAGGAGAGUCCAUCCUCGUCCACCGCGCUCACGCUCCCCAGCGAGGGGGAACUAAAGCCCCGCGGUCAGAAUACAUAACCGAGAGUGACGGGGGGGGGGGGGCGAGGAUGAUAAGAGCAUAUGAGACCACAACAUGCCCAAAAUGACACCAUCACGUGCUGGCGGUGUGGGCCGGUGCGGCUUUGUAAGGCGCUGAGCAGGCGGCAGAGGGACCGCCGCCAGGAUGCCUCCUGACGCGAGACAACGCGCGAGAUGAACGCCGCCCGCGAAAAGGACCCCGGCCGGAACCGCGGCGCGCUCGGCUCCCUCCCGGAGGAGAACUCCUCUGGCUCUUCGGACGGUUUUUCGUUUUAACUCCCUCCUUUCGGCACAGCGGGCUCCCCUUGGCUUCCGCGCCGACGCGGAGCACCUUUCCUCCGGAGGAUACAAGCGGGCCAACGCGCUCAACUGAAAGUACGGGCGCGAUCGGUGAUGAAUCAUCUUUUUUUUUUUUUUUGUUACACCCUCGACUGCAGCUCGAAGCCCGCGAGAUCGCUGCGCCAGGACUCGGUUUCAUGCUAAAUAAAGCGACCACAACAACAACAACAACAGGGGGGCGGGGGCACCAACUGGAAAUAUCGCCCCCUUCUACUUUUGCCUGAGGGUUUUAUAGACAUCGAUGCGCGUAAACCGUGGACCCGGACGGGUCGUAGCGCCGCGACAUGCUGACCGAAGUCCACGUCCCGACACGGGGGGAGUCCGACACAAAGUGAGCCGGCUCUCCCUCUCUGAUCCCCCUAAAACGAGGAUCACCUCCAGCCUGCAGCCGGGCACCCGGAUCCCGAACGUCCUCGGGUGUUGCACACAAGUUUGAAGCUGAGCUGUGAACACUGUCGCGCAGCUGCUGAGGUUUCAAAGAGAAUUGGAAUUCUAAAUGUUCACGGUGUCUCGUUUUUUCUUUUUCUCAAUGUGGAUAUCCCCAAAAUCCUGCGCAAAUUGUGAUAAAAGCCUGCCAUGGGGGUGCAAACAUGACGAGGUGAAACGCUGCCGGGUGUUUCACUGGUUAAGCUUCCACAGCAGCCGUGAGUCGGACCGGAUGUCUGAAAGAUGACACUUGGGACGAAAGCCCUUCCCGGCAAAUGCAAUGCAUUGAUUUCCGCCAUUGCCCACAUUGUAAAUAACUCUUGUGGAUAUAUUUAGUUUGUAUGGACCACGAUGCUAUUGUGCUGUCCUGGGUGUGUGCUUUUUCUCCCCCUUCUCCCCACCGCUUGGACCUUUCACAGCGGCGGUGCAGCUUAGAUUCUAAAAGACCAUGAACACAUCGACCUCUGUACCGCACCUUUUCCUGCUUCCUCCAAUCGAUUGAUUCUCUGAGCGUGCGCAAAGGGAAGAUGGACCCGGGCAUGAAACUGAAUGGACUGGGAAUGUGUGUGGGAAGGAACGCUGGGGGAAUAACGAGUGGCACUGUGGAAGACGCGGUGCAGAAUGUUGCAGGCUUAAAGGCUGCAAGGGAAAGAAUUACCUUUGGCUGUGAGAAAACUUGUCUUUUCUCUGCUGCGGGACCAACUACUGGAUGGGAAUCCGCACUCACCAUUUGAAUUGAGAAGCUCCCCCUGUUGCGCUGCGGGAUAUCCACCCGGCACCCCUGAAAGUUAUUUCGUUGUGUACCCUUAUCUUGGAUUGCUGCUUUGCUGUUUCUCAGAAGUGUCUCUUUGGAGGGGACUCUUCCUAUUUGAAGUCAGAGAACAGUAAGUUUACAAACCCCCCCCCCGCCCGUUUUUAGUGUGAGCGCACCUCGGUGUGUCUUCCUGAAUGAGAGUGUUCCCGGUCGACCAUCGGAGUGCGUCUAGAGACUGACCUCCCGUUGCCGCGGCGAUGGGGAGCUCGGCCUCGUCUCUCACCGCGGAGACCGAGUCGGACCACGGCUUCCGCAGCGCCUCGUACCCGUCGCCCCCCCCCGUGGGCUGGCUCAGGAACAGCCACAGCAGCCCGGUGUGGGGCACCACCUUCAUCGCCCGGCAGCAGCAGCAGCAGCAGCAGCCGCUGCCUCACCGCGAGCGCAGCCACUCCCACUCUCCGGGCUCCAUGGCGGCGACGGUGCUGGGCAGCGAGUGGUCCUGCGGACGCUGCACCUUCUUGAACGCCGGCGCCGCGCCGCGCUGCUCCAUCUGCGAGGCGCCGCGGCAGAAACCCGACCUCAACCAGAUCCUGCGGCUGAGCAGCAGCACCGAGGAGCAGCGCUGGGCGUGUCCCCGCUGCACGCUCAACAACCCUCAGGGAUCCGGAGCGUGCUCCGUCUGCGGCUUCGGGCAGUGCCCCGACGCGCCCCCGCCCCUGCCGGCCCCCGUGGCCGCCAACGUCCUCCCGUCUGCCCCGCCGGAGCCCCCGACGCCCGCCGCCCCCCCGACGCCGGUUCUCCUCGAGCCCCACGGGCAGCAGCCGGCCGAGGAGGAAGUGCCGCGGCGGUCCGAGAGCAACGGAGAGGUGUGCGCAGUGGAGGGGCAGCACGCAGGCUGGGUGUGCCCGAGCUGGGGAUGCCCCCGCUGCACGCUGCACAACACGCCCGUCGCCCUGUCGUGCUCCGCCUGCGGCGAGCCCAGAAAGCUGUCUCUGCCUAAAAUCCCCCCCGAGGCUCUGGUAGUGCCCGAGGUGCGCACGCCCGUGCUGGGGUUUCCCGUUCACACGGCAGGAGCCGCCCCGAUGCUCAUCGACCUGACUGAUGACUCUCCCCCCGCCCCUCCCUGUGACCCCCAGGAAACUCCCCAUGUCUCCCUCCCCUCCCCUUUCACUACCUUCUCCUCCCUGCAGAACAACCCCGUGCCCCGCAGCCGGAGGGAGGUGCCCCCUACGGGGCGACCGCCCAACCCGGGCGCCAACACUCCCAGCCCCACCUCCCCCUCGGCAGCCGGUGUGCCCCCCCAGCGGCCGGCCAAGCCCAAACACGCCCAGCCCCAGGAACCCUCGUACCCCAGCAAGCGCCUCAGCAUCUUGGAAGAGGAACAUGCCCAGCACCACCCUCUGGUCCCCCACCUCCCUGUGGUUUCCUCGGCCGGCCCCACCUGGAAGUGCCCCGGCUGCACGCCGGCCAACCCGGGGAGCUCGUCCAAGUGCGACACAUGCCGCACGUCGCGGGCCGGCGCCGACCUCAUCGACCUGGUGGGCUGCGAGACGGUGCGAUUCACCCCGGCCAGCCCCUCCAGCCCGGACUUCAGCACCUGGGCCUGCUCCAAGUGCACGCUGCGCAACCCCACCGGGGCGCCAAAGUGCUCGGCCUGCGGCUCCUCCAAGCUGCACGGCUUCCAGGAGCAGCAGGUGGCCCCGCCCCGCUGCUGUGCGCACUGCGGCGCCGUGUCGUGCUCCUGCACGCCCUCCUCGUCCUCCUCGGGUCAUGUAAACAGGAAGCAGGCCCGGGGCUACCCUUUCGCCUCCUCCGCCGUCGCUUCGUCAAGUUCCCCUUCGUCCUCCGCUUCGUCCGGCCUCCAGGAGAGGGCGGGGCAGUGGAGCUGCCCCGCGUGCACGCUGCUCAACGACACCAAGGCCAAGAACUGCGCCGCCUGCCACACGCCGCAGCAGUACCUCACGCUGCGCAAGGUGGCGAAGCCUCUCAAGAGACGGGAGAGCAUGCACGUGGACGCCCGCCGACGGAACGACGAGGGCGAGGCCAAGGAGCUUCUGGAGAACAUAGUCACCUUCUGCAGAGAGAACACCGUGAACUUCGUGGAUGACAGCUUCCCGCCGGGGCCUCGAUCCGUGGGCUUCCCCGAGGGCGACAGCGUCCAGCAGCGCAUCAAAAAGUGGCUCCGCCCCCACGAGAUCAACUGCAGCAACUUCAAAGACCGAGGCGUCAAGUGGUCCGUCUUCCGCACGCCGCGGCCCUCUGACAUCCUGCAAGGCCUGCUGGGAAACUGCUGGUUCCUGAGUGCGUUGGCGGUGCUGGCAGAGCGUCCGGAGCUGGUGGAGCGAGUGAUGAUCACCAGGACAAUAUGCACAGAGGGGGCCUACCAGGUCCGGCUGUGUAAAGACGGGACGUGGACGACGGUGCUGGUGGACGACAUGCUGCCCUGCGACGACUACGGCUUCCUCCUCUUCUCCCAGGCCCAGAGGAAGCAGCUCUGGGUGGCGCUGAUCGAGAAGGCCCUGGCCAAGCUCCACGGCUCCUACUUUGCCCUGCAGGCGGGGCGCGCCAUCGAGGGCCUGGCCACGCUGACGGGGGCCCCGUGCGACUCCCUGAUGCUGCAGGUCAGCUCCACCAACCCGCGGGAGGAACCCAUCGACACGGACCUCAUCUGGGCCAAGAUGCUCAGCUCCAAGGAGGCCGGGUUUCUGAUGGGUGCUUCCUGCGGAGGAGGCAACAUGAAGGUAGACGACGCCGUCUAUGAGUCUCUGGGUCUGCGGCCCCGACAUGCCUAUUCCAUCCUGGACGUUCGAGAUGUUCAGGGGUUCAGGUUGUUGCGGCUGCGAAACCCGUGGGGUCGCUUCUCGUGGAACGGCAGCUGGUCGGACGAGUGGACGGACUGGCCCCAGAACCUGCGCCACGAGCUGAUGGCCCACGGCAGCAGCGAGGGGGUCUUCUGGAUGGAGUACAGCGACUUCAUUAAGUAUUUGGACUCCGUGGACAUCUGCAAGAUCCACUCGGACUGGCAGGAGGUGCGCUGGCAGGGCAGCUUCCCCUGCAAGGCCCAGCCGGGCCGUUCACCGUCUCCCGCGCUCACCGUGCUGGAGAAGACGCCGCUGGAGUUCGCGCUCCUCCAGAAGAGAAGCAGGCGGUCGGACACGGCCGACAGCCACCUGCUGGACCUCUGCAUCAUGGUGUUCCGCGCCUCCUUCGGCAGCGGCAACAAGCUGGCGCUGGGCCGCCUGCUGGCCCACAGCAAGCGGGCGGUGAAGAAGUUCGUCGGCUGCGACGUGAUGCUGGAGCCCGGCGAGUACGCCGUCGUCUGCUGCGCCUUCAACCACUGGCAGAUGAACGUCAGCGGGACGGGAGCGCCGCCCACGCCCGUCUCCAGUCCCACCAGCGGGCCGGCGCGGCGUCCCAGCCAAGACUUUCCCGGUCACAUCCUCGCCAUCUACAGCUCCAGGCAGGUGAUGGUGGAGCAGCUGGAGGCGAUGGCCACCACGCUGGCCGACGACAUCAUCCUCCUGACGGAGAACAAGGGCGAGAGGCACCAGGGCCGCGAGGGCAUGACGUGCUACUACCUGACCCACGGCUGGGCGGGCCUCAUCGUGGUGGUGGAGAACCGCCACCCCAAAUACUACCUCCACGUGUCCUGCGACUGCACCGACAGCUUCAACGUGGUGUCCACGCGCGGCAGCCUCAAGACCAUCGACAGCGUGCCGCCUCUGCACAGGCAGGUGCUGGUGGUGCUUUCACAGCUGGAAGGAAACGCCGGCUUCUCCAUCACCCAUCGCCUGGCUCACCGCAAGGCCGCCCAGGCCUCCUUGGGAGACUGGACCCCCAGCAAGGCCACCCACAGCCCCCAGCUCACUCCGGACAUCGAUGGGCUGCACCGGCCGCGGCCGCUAUGACCACCGCCACCGCGUCUCGCACACAAACGCUGACUAUUAUUCGAUGGAACUGUCACGACCACUGGAAAAGCCUCGGCAAAGGGGCGGAGCCGCAAAACGUGUAGAACACACGCACUUGAAUGUAAAGCGUCUCCCUCGCCAAACGGGUGUGUCGGGAUGAGGCGAGGGAACGACCUGUACAGCUUUUCACCCCGCCGCCUAGCGAGGAUCCAGCUCGGACUAUUAAAUGGACUGUUGAAGCGGUACGAGCGUUGUGCGAGGGGGCGGGGCCGGGGCGGCCGCGCGUCAUCUCGGACACACGACGUCGGGCCACGGUGCCAUGACUACUGAGCCAUUCGCCGUCUGAGCCAAUCACGCGCAGCCAUCAGACACUUGUCGUCCAGCAGGAGACUUCGCAGGGAGGGUGAAGGGGGGGGGGGGCGGGGUUCAUCUCCCCCUCAGAUCGGUACUUAAUUAGCCAAAACCCACUUGAUUAUUUGCGAUGAUCCUCUUACUUGUUUCGUGCGCGUCCCUUGUCAACGUCUUGCCCAUAUUUGUGUCUCUUUUUUUUUUUUUUAGGCCGUAGAGACGCCAUCAGUCAAACAGUAUGUCUGUCCCCACUCGCCACCAUCUCUCCCUCUAGCUCAGGACCCUCUGUGGUGGUUUGUGGCGUGAGAUGGAGUGUCCCGAUGUGGGAGGGGCCCGGAGACCGUCUGUCGGUGAAGACUUAGCGGCCGGGUUUGGACACGUAACACGCUUCCCUUCCCCUCGCAGUGACACUGUAGCUCCUUUCUUCCCGUCCCUCGCACACUUUAACCCACUUUCACUCGGCCCUGAGUUUUGGGUUGAAACGCUGGAGGAAAGUCAUUGCACGAGUUCCACCCUCGCGCCCCCCCACCCCCUAGCUUAUCUUAUCCGUUUCUAUCCUGCCUCACACCUCAGGAGCAACGCGUCGUGACACAGAAGGCAGUUUUAAAUGAUGGGCGGCUGUUUUAACAUAGCCCCCCCCCCCUCCCUUUCCCCCCUCCUUUAAUGACCCAAUUUCUCCAGUGUCAAAGCCAUUAAUCCUACUUCACUUUCUUCGGCCCUCACCAUGGCAACAUAGAUGUUCCGUCAGACGGGGGGGAGACUGACGUGGUGCUGUAGCAGCGGGAGAGUCGCUGUGUAGUGAAAUGGGGCACACGGAAAAAAAAAACCUGGAAGCUGACAAGCAGCAUCGGCGGAGCGUUCACGCGGGGAUUCACUGUCGGCUGGAGAAUCCUUUUCCUUUUUUUAAUGUUGAGUUCAUUUAGAGUUUAAAAGACAAAGUUCCCACAUGAGACGAUUCAGGCGAGGACUUAAGCUCAGCAGCCUCGAGUCGAGAAAGUGCCGACGCAGUCGUACUCGUCCUGCCUGCACACGACCACGUCCCCCCCCCCCCCGAGGGUGAGAGCAGCGGCGGGGCGUCUCUGGGCGAAAGCUUGAGGCAGCUGUGAAUACGUUCUCUCCGAAGGGAAGCGCCAGCGGCGUCCGUCCACAGCCGCCGGCCGUUAAUUUAUUUGUGCGAGUGGUUUGCCGGCCUGUCGUCCGACGAACACCGCCGACCACCGGACCGACGGGCGACCACCGGACCGACGGGCGACCACCGGACCGACGGGCGACCCAUUUAAAAGGCCCCGGAGGAGAGAAGCAAACCUGCACUGGGUCACCUGCGAUGACGACGCACCUCCAAACCGCUGGAUCACUUUACACUCACAUGAGAUUGUCGUCGUCGUUGUUGUUGUUAUUUUCUUUUAUUCUAUGUGUCCUUUUGGAAGCUGCUCCUCUCCUGUGAAGUCGUGGUGGUGACUCUCUGACUCUCUGUGCGUCGGGGGCGCCCCCUGCUGGAGACGUCCUCCCCCCCUCCCCUUCGUCGGGUCCCUCCUUGUAACUUGUACAGACGCUUACUAAAGCCACAGAUAAGAUGGAAAGACUGUGUGGGGGGGGGGGGGGGGAUUGGGGGGGGU